AUGGAUGAAGACCCCAAGAGCCCGCCUGCCGCUGACCCUACGGCGGGCCCUCCGUCCUCGCUGAGCCCGGCCCCCCAGGCCCCAGCCCCUCCAGGCCCCCGGGUCGAGACCUGGGGCCCUGGGGGAGCCGGACCGGGGCGCAACUGGACGCAGAGCCGCGGAUCCCAGCGAGACCUGCUCGACCGGAAGCCAGCUCCUCCUGUUGCCUUGGCCACCGCCCAGCUAGGAAACGGCCGGCGCAUGCGCAGAAGGGCGCCGCCGCCAAGCGCCUCAGGCCUCCUGACGCCGCCAGCGCCCGCUCGCAUUCACGUGUCCGCGGCGCGCCCCGCCUGGGGGCGCCUUGGCGCUGACUCUGAGCCCGGGCCGGAGCCCGGGCGGCGGCGGCUGGCGGCAAUGCUGGUGCUGGCGGCCGGGCCGCGACAGCCUCCCCGGGACGGGACGCCCGGGACCCAGCCUCGGACACGGGCAUCUGAGACCUUGUCUGUGUUUGGCACAAGGACCUUGGACUGGGACCCUGGGCUCAGUAACGGUGGGCCCAUCCGAGACCCGCUGUGCCUCUGUCUGUCCGAGGGGCCACCUGCCCUUGAAUGGGAAAAAUGGAAGCAGCUGUCGAGGUUACAGUGGAACGUGGUCCUCUUCCUGCUGGCGUUCCUGAUGCUCUGCGGCCUCCUGUCCUACAUCAGUGUGGCCGACGAGUGGAAAGCCGUGGGCAGCAGGUCGGCAGAAGGGCCGAAGAUGAGACCCGCAAAUCCACCCGUCUUGCCAGCUCCUUGGAGAGCAGCUGAGAACCCGGAAACCUUCGCGGGGGCGUCCCCUCAGAAGCCUCCAAGGCAUUUCCGACGGGGACCCCCCAACCUGCAGAUUAGAGCCCCCAAUGGAGACGCCAAGGACAGGAGGCAGGAAGAGGCCCAGAGGAGGGCAGAGGCGGUGGGCGAGGCUCCCCGGGAAGACGACGCGCAGGGAAGCCGCGUCAGCCGGAGGGGCACGGGGCCCGAACCGGAGCAGGGCACCCAGCUGCCUGUAAGAAAGGCAGAGGCCCCCGCCAGGCCUUCCCCACAGGCCCUCAGGAUGAGGAACAGUCCAGGAGAACUGAGUCUGGGUCGCCGCCAGGACCCUCUGCUCUCGGUGCUGGAGCCCCCAGGGAGGACAGGAGAGCCCGGAGUGGGGACACGGGGCGGCCGUGUGGGGUUAGAAAUGGACGGCAGAGCCGUGGAUGUUGACACUGACGGGACGAAGCGGGAGCACACAGCCAUCCUGGGCAGGUGGUCCAGGGCCACAGCUGUGGCCUUCAGACACUGUCCCCAGGAGGGGGCUGAGAACCAUGGCGAGGGCGGGUUCAGCCCUGUGGUCUCGCCCGUCGGGGCAGCAGCGUCCAAGGAGCGCAGCUCUCUGUGCAGCCCGCCCUGCUCACUGCCCUGCCCUCCUCUGCCCCAGGAGGCCGUGGAGGAGGUGACCAGGUGCGUGCACUCCCUGCGUGGGAAGAAGGACGGGCUGGUGCCCAUGUUCAUCAACACCAACAGCGGGCUCUUCACCCACCUGGGCGUGUUCACCCUGGGCGCCAGGGCCGACAGCUACUACGAGUACCUGCUGAAGCAGUGGAUCCAGGGUGGGAAGAAGGAGACACAGCUGCUGGAAGACUACCUCGAAGCCGUGGAGGGAAUCAAAAAGCACCUGCUGCACAGAUCUGAACCCGGCAAGCUGACCUUCGUGGGGGAACUCGCCCACGGCCGCUUCAGCGCCAAGAUGGACCACCUGGUGUGCUUCCUGCCAGGGACGCUAGCUCUGGGCGCCCACCACGGCCUGCCUGCCGACCACAUGGAGCUGGCCCGGGCGCUCAUGGACACCUGCUACCAGAUGAACCGUCAGAUGGAGACGGGGCUGAGCCCCGAAAUCGUGCACUUCAACCUGCACCCCCAGAAGUCCCGUAAGGACGUGCAGGUCAAGGCGGCCGACAGACACAACCUGCUGCGACCCGAGACGGUGGAGAGCUUGUUCUACCUGUACCGCCUCACGGGCGACCGCAAGUACCAGGACUGGGGCUGGGAGAUCCUGCGAAGCUUCAACACGUACACGAGGGUCUCCUCCGGUGGCUAUUCUUCCAUCAGCAACGUCCAGGACCCCCGCAAUCCCCAGCCCAGGGACAAGAUGGAGAGCUUCUUUCUGGGGGAGACGCUCAAGUACCUGUAUCUGCUCUUCUCCGACGCCCCAGACCUGCUCAGCCUGGGAACACGUAAGCCUACUUAUGUGUUCAACACGGAGGCUCACCCCCUGCCCAUCUGGGCCCCCUCCUAGGGCGGGACGGCUCCCGAGUGGGUGCUGCCCGGGGGACUGAUGAGUCCUGUCAUCGAGGGUGCCUGUCGGCAAGACCCUGGCCCUGACCUUGGCUGUGUGGUGUCCACCCAGCCGGCUGGGCGUGCUCCAGGCCGGGCUGAUGACAGAGGCCAGCGGCAACUGGGCCAGGACGUUUCAGGGCCUCAUAGCUGCUUGGGGUGGCCGCUGGGCUUCUGGUGCUCUGCCACUGGUUCUGGGCUCCUUGCCUGGUUCUCAUCGGGGCACCGUUAGGAACAAGUAGGAAUAAAUCAGCGCUGUGAUUUAGGGAGGUCCCGUCCACCCGGGGAGCCUCUUCCUUCUUCCUGAGAAAAUCAAAUCGUGACUACAUUCCUGAUAUACCUAAAUGCCCUCCUGCUGGCCGUGCAGGGCUUUCUAGGGGUCCUGGGCCCUCUGGUCACCCUGGGCCACACUGGGUCCCCAGAGCCCAUGAUGAGAUCAGAGACAGGUGCUGCGGGGACAGCCUGGGUACAGCUCAGCCUCGGGGCCUCACAACCUGUGAACACGCCCCAACCUGGGCUCUCAGGGGGCAUCCGUGGCCUCAUGGGGAUCCGGGCCCCUGGCUGGCUGUGGUGUUUACACGUUGGACUCAGGGAUUCUUCCCUUGCCCUUGCAGGGGCUGGGCGGGGCUGGGCGGGCAAGUUCACCGGCUCCCAGGCCAGCUCUGAUUGAUGGACUUUUCAGUCGGGAUAGAAGCACGUUUGCUCUAACUGUGAGGUUUCCCCUGUGGGUAAGCAGAUCUCUGUUACUGUGAAACAUCUGGGUGUAGAUUGAGAGACCCCAGUUUUCUGGGUCCCACCUCCACAUUCCAUUCACUGAUAGUCAUGUUUCCACCCAGGACAAUCCUGCUGUCCUCAGUCCUUGAGUUUAUUACACCUGCAACUUUUCUGGUAUCAUGUCAGGUACAUAUUCUGUUUUGGGAAUAAGUAGUUGCCAUCUUAGCUUACCACAAAAACUAACAGCAAAGGGGUGUAGCAAUUGAUGAUGGGAACAAAAGUUAAUGAAAUACAGAACUCAGGUGUAAUGGAAGAGAUCAGUGAAGCCGAAGAAGUGGGUAGGUUGUCAGCCGCAUGGCAGAGUCGGCAGCGCCAUGCUCUCAUUCCCCCAACAGAAACAUCCACACACACACACACAGAGAAUCAGAACCAUCACAGCCAGCUUUCAACAACAGCAACAACAAAAUCACAAGGAAAAUUUUAAAAGCAGGAAAGUAUGGUCCACUCAAAGGAACAAAAUUAGUUGAUAGAAACCAUCCCUGAAGAACUUCAGACAUCCGAAUUAUUAAAAAAAACUUUAAGAGAAUUGUCUUAAAAAUGCUAAAAGAGCUCAAGGAAAACAUGCACAUGGAAGUAAAGGAAAUCCAAAAAAUAAUGUAUGAACAAAAUGAGAAUAUCAAUAAGGAGAAACUAUUAAAAGCAAGCCAAGUCUCAUACUGAAAAGUACAUUAAAAUGAAAAAUUCAUUAGAGGGUUCAAUAGCAGGUUUGAGCAGGGAAGAGAAAGAAAGUGAAGUUGGGGUAGGAUUAUUGAAACUAGCGUGACGAGCAGAAAGAGAAUAGAAUGAAGAACAGUGAACAGAGACCAAGGGACCUCUGGGAUCCCAUCCUAAGUGGGCCCCACGUGUGCAUUAUAGUAGUCUCGAAGAGAGGGAAGGGCAAAAUGAAUAUUUGAAAAACUAUUGUUAAAAACUUACCAAAUUUGAUGAAACAUAUGAACCUACAACUCCAAGAAGUUCAAUGAACUCCAAGGAUCAAGUCAUAGAGACUCACACCAAGACACUUUAAUAAUCAAAUUGUUGAACGACAAAGAGAAAAUCUUGAAAAUAGCAUGAAAUGCCUUGUUAUGUACAAGCAGUCUUCAGUAAGAUUAACUGAUACUUUCUCAUCAGAAAACCAUAGAGACCAGAAGGCAGUGGUAUAUUUAAAGUGGUGGGGGGACUUCCCUGGUGGUGCAGUGGUUAAGAAUCCACAUGCCAGCGCAGGGGACACGGGUUCAAGCCCUGCUCUGGGAGAAUCCCACAUGCCGCGGAGCACCUAAGCCUGUGCGCCUAGAGCCCUGCUCCACAACAAGAGAAGCCUGCGGACCGCAACGAAGAGUAGCUCCCGCUCGCCGCAACUAGAGAAAGCCCGCACGCAGCAACAAAGACCCAACGCGGCCAAAAGUAAAUAAAAUAAAUAAAUUUUAAAAAUAAAGUGAUGGGGGAAAAACUGUCAACCAAGAAUUCUAUAUCCAGCAAAACUGACCUUCAGAAAUGUGGGAGAAUUUAAGGCAUUCCCAGAUAAACAAUAGCUGAGGGAGUUUGUUGCCACCAGACCUGGCCUACGAGAAAUGCUCAAGGCAGUCCUUCAGGUUUAAAUGGAAGGACAUUAGUACCUCAAAGCCAUAGGGAGAAAUAAAGAUCUGUGGUAAAGGCAAAACCAUGGGCACGUAUAAAAAACAGUAUUACUGUAUUUUCGGUUAUGACUCCACUUUUUAUUUACUACAUGAUUUGGAAGACAAAUGCAUAAACAAUAAUUACAAAUUCAUGUAAUUGUGCACACAGUGUACAAACAUGUAAUUUGCAAUGACAACAUAAAGCAGAUGGAACUGUUUAGAAGCAUAGUUUAUGUGAUUGAGUGAAGUUGUCCACCUGAAGUACACUGUUACAAAUUUAGGAUGUUAAGUGCAAUCUCCCUGGUAAGCAAAGGAAAUAUCUAGAAGAUAUACACAAAAAAAAUCCACAAGAAAGCUACUAGAGAUAAUAAAUUCAGGAAAGUUGCAGGGUACUAGAUCAACAAACAAAAUCAGUUAUGUUUCUACGCACCUGCAAUGAACAAUUCAAAAAGAAAUUAAGAAAGCAAUUCCAUUUAAAAUAGCAUCUAAAAUAAUAAAAUAAUUAGGAAUAAAUUUAACCAAGGGGGUGAUUUAAUUGUACACUGAAAACCAUAAAACAUUGUUGACAUAAAGAAAACCUAAAUAAGUGGAAAGAUGUCCUUUGUUCAUGGGUAGAAAGAUUUUUUAUUUUUUUGGCUGCACCACGCGGCUUAUAUGAUCUUAGUUCCCUGACCAGGGAUUGAACUACAGCCCCAGCAGUGAAAGCACCGAGUCCUAACCACUGGACCACCAGGAAAGUCCCAGGAAGACUUAAUUUUAAGAUGUCAGUACUACCCAAAGUGAUGUACAGGUUCAAUGCAAUCCCUAUCAAAAUUCCAACAGUGUUUCUUUUUUCUUUUUUCUUUUUUUGCAGAAAUUAAAAUGUCAAUCCUCAAAUUCAUAUGGAAUUGCAAGGGGGGCCCUGAAUAGCCAAAAUAAUCUUGGAAAAGAACAACGUUAGAUGACGCACAUGUCCCAAUUUCAAAACUUCCUACGCACAGUGUUCAAAACAAUGUGGUGUUAUAAGGAUAGACAUAUAGACCAAUGGAACACAAGUAAGGCUCUAGAAAUAAACUCAUAUAUCUCUGGCCAAUUGAUUUUUGCAAGGGUAGUAAGUCUAUUUAAUGGGGGAAAUAAUUUGCCUUCAGCAAAUGAUUCUGAGAAAAUUAGAUUUCCACAUGAAGUUGGACCCCUACCUCACACCAUAUACAAAAAGUUAACUCAAAAUGAAUCAAUGACCUAAAUAUAAGAGCUAAAACCACAAAACCCCUAUAAAAAAACAUACAGGUUAAUCUUCAUAACCUUGGGUUUGACAAUGGAUUCUUAGAUAAAACUCCAAAAGCACAAGCAACAAAAGACACACGUUGGACAUCAUCAAAGUAAAAAUUUUUGUGCACCAAAGGACACUAUCUAGAGUACAAAGGCAACCCACAGAAUGGGAGAAAAUAUUUUCAAACUACAAAUCUGAUAAGGGUUUAAUAACCAGAAUAUACUUUUUAAAACUUCUACAACUCAACAACAAAAACAAAAACUCUUGAAACUCAACAACAAAUAACAAAACCUCAAAAACAAAAACCCAAAUUAACAAAAAACUAAAACUCAACAAAAUGAAGAAUGAAAACAACUUUUAUAAUGUCAAAAGGGUACAUUAUAUGUUAUGUAUAAUUUAACACACACGCACAUACACAUGAACGUGGGCAUAACUGCAGGUGCCGCGUAGGUCAGAGCUGAGAGCACUGGGACCUGCUUGGGGACACCCCUUGCCCAUUCAAGACAUUUCUCCAAAGAAGAUUUAUAAAUGUUCCAUAAGUACAUGAAAAGAUACUCAAUUUCACUAAUCAGGAAAAUGCAAAUCAAAAUCUCAAUGAGAGACCACUCACACUCAUGGGAUGCUACUAUUAAACAGAAAACAAGUGCUGGCGAGGAUGUGGAGAAAUCGGAACCUUUGUGCACUGCUGGUUGAAAUGUAAAAUGAUGCAGAUGCUGUGGAAAACAGUACGGAGGCUCCUCAAAAAAUGAAACAUAGAAUUACCAUAUGAUCCUGCAAUCCCACUUCUGGGUAUACCCCCCCCAAAAUUGAAAGCAAGGUCUUGAAGAGAUAUUUGUAUACCCAGGUUCACAGCAGCAUUUUAAACAAUAGUCAAGAGUUGGAAACAACCCAGGUGUCCCCUGAUGGAUGAAUGGAUAUGCAUAAUGUGGUCCAUCCAUACAAUGAAAUAUUAUUUACCUUCAAAAAGGAAGGAAAUCCUGACACAUGCUGUGACACAGAUAAGCCUUGAAGACGUUAUGCUCGGUGAAAUAAGCCAGACGCAAAAAGACAAAUUCUGUAUGAUUCCACUUACAUGAGGUAUCUAGAAUAGGCAAAUUCAUAGAGACCGGACAAUAGAGGUCACCCCCGGCUGGCGGAGGGGGAAUUGGGAGUUGUUGUUUAAUGAGUGAAUGGUUUCUGUUUGGGAAAAUGAACUAGUUUUAGAAAUAAUGAUGAUGCAUUAAAGCCAAUGCAUUUAGUGACUUUCCCUAGUGGUCCAGUGGUUAAGACCCUGCGCUCCC